AUGCCUGUCCAGCUGCACACUCUACUGAUCCUGUGCCUGACCUGCACACAUGGUGGUUGUGUGUUCCCAAGCCAUAACUGGGGAGAGUGGAAUGACUCUCAGCUUCAGCCAACAAUUCAGAGGCUGAUGAAAGGAUACAACCGCUACCUCCGGCCCAAUUUCAAUGAGGGUCCUGUGGAAAUUGGAAUGAGUCUUGACAUUGCCAGCAUCGAUGCCAUCUCCGAAAUCAAUAUGGACUACACUGCAACUAUCUUUCUCCGUCAGCGGUGGCGUGAUUCCAGGCUGGUGUUCCCAGGGAAUGAGAGCGUGAGUGUGGAUGGACGCCUGGUGUCACUACUCUGGAUCCCUGACACGUUCAUCCCUGACUCCAAGCGCUCCUUCCUGCACGAUGUCACAGUGGAAAACCGUCUCAUACGCAUCUUCAGCAAUGGAACUGUUCUUUAUGCUCUUCGCAUCACAGCUACAAUUGCCUGCAACAUGGACCUGACCAAGUACCCCAUGGAUAAACAGGUGUGCACCCUGCAGCUGGAGAGCUGGGGCUACAAUCUGCAGGAUGUGGUGUUUUACUGGACCAGAGGGAAUGAUUCAGUGAAGGGUCUGGAUAUACUGCGGCUGGCUCAGUACAGUGUUGAGAGCUACUAUACAUCAGUAUCAGAGGCUGUGUAUGAGACAGGAAAGUACCCUAAGCUGGUGCUACAUUUUGCACUGCGUAGAAAUGUAUUGUUCUUCAUCUUGGAAACGUAUGUUCCCUCCGUUCUGCUGGUGGUUCUCUCCUGGGUCUCUUUCUGGAUCAGCCAGUCCUCCGUACCAGCCAGGACCUGCAUCGGGGUGACUACAGUAUUGACAAUGACCACUCUGAUGAUGGGGGCCCGCACCUCCCUUCCCAAUGCCAACUGCUUCAUUAAGGCCAUAGAUGUUUACCUGGGCAUCUGCUUCACCUUCAUCUUUGGUGCACUACUGGAGUAUGCCUGUGCUCACUUCUACACCAUGCAGCACCACACCAUAGAGGAUAUACACAGGGCUCUUUUGAGGGAUUUAAACGAAUCCAAUGGCAACGGCCCCAUCCCUAUAAUCAGGUCCACCCAACCAAACCACUCUGUGGAGAUCAGCUCCACUGCAGAGGAGCAUGUGGAGCAGUCAUUAAACAGUGACACAAAGAACAAUGCUGGAUCAAAGGAGGACAUGCCAGGACAGGGCUGUGGCCUGUCAUCAGUGAAGGAUGCAUCACGUAGGGCUGCAGCCAUCUUCGUUGUGGAAAACCCACACAAUAUUGAUCGCCAUGCCCGCACUGUUUUCCCCACUGCAUUCCUCUUUGUCAAUAUCCUCUACUGGCUUUACUAUCUCUUCCUCUGA